GAAAGGCGUGAACAUCGUGGCUGAUCGUGCUGGAUCGUUCCAUCGUUCGUUCAAUUGCGGCUUGCGGCUAAUUUUCCCAGCACUUUGCACGCGCUUCUACCAUGGGAUCCGCUGAAGAACUGAGUAUUUCUGCCCUUGUGCACGAUUAUUUAUUAAAAAAGGACGCUUCAUUGGCGAAGGUUUUUCAAAAGAAAACAAAUGCGCCCCCACUGCCGAAAGGGGCGCCAUCGAUACAAGAGGUAUUUCAGCAUUUUCAAAAAACUUCGCUCAAGAAAUUACAUAUAAAAGCCCAGGCUAAAGAUAGCAGUUCAGACUCGAGUUCAGAAAGUGAAGAUGAGGCUCCAAAGAAAGUUGCACAAGUAAAUGGCAAAGCUGCAGCUAAAGCUGUAGCAAAUAAUAAAAAAGAAGAGUCUUCGGAUGAUACGUCUAGCGAAGAUGAAAAGCCAGCACCAAAGGUAGCAACAACACCUAAGCCAGAUGUAAAAUCAGUGGUAAAGAAACAAGAGAGUUCGGAUGAUGAUUCUUCGGACGAGGAAGAGAAGACAAUUAAACUUCAACCGAAAGCAGUAUCUACACCGAAAGCAGUAUCUACACCGAAAUCAGUAUCUACGCCCAAACUAAUGGCUACGCCGAAAACAGCAUCUACACCCAAAGCUGCUGCAGCAACAGCUAAAGCCCAAGAAUCUUCUGAUGAUUCUUCUGACUCAGAUAGUGCAGAGGAAACGAAAGCAAGUGUGACUGCUAAAGUAGUAACAAAGCCUUCAGCAAAACCUGUCAGUAAAAAAGAAAAGUCUUCUAGUGAAGAUAGUAGCGAAGAAGAGAGUCCAGUUAAACCAAUUUUGAAAAAACCUCUAGCAACUCCAACACAAGUAAAGACCCCAGUAAAGAAACAGGAAUCUUCGUCUAGCGACGACUCCGACGAUUCUGAUGAACCAUCCGUAAAACAAACACCAAACGCUCCUGUAGGAAAACCACAAGCGAAGGCAGCAGUAACGCCUGCUAAAAAAUCUUCUAGCGAUGAUUCCGAUGAAUCCUCAGAAGAAGAAACUCCAGUUGCAAAGAAUGUACCAGAAAUUAAAAAGUCAGUUCCACAAAAGCAGACACCAGCCAAGCCUGAGAAUCAGAGCACAGUUGCAAAACGACCAGUUGCGAAAAAAGAGUCUUCUUCCAGUGACGAUAGCAGCGAAGAAGAGAAGUCUCCAAAGAAGAAACCUAAAGUCCUUCCCACACCAGUUGUAACGAAAGCGGCUGCUAAAAAGAAAGAAUCGUCUAGCGACGACAGUAGUGAAGAAGAGGAUGAACCUCCACCUAAAAAGGUAGUUCCUCCAAAAGCACCUGUUGCAAAGGACGAGUCUUCUAGCGAUGAUAGUAGCGAAGAAGAAACACCCGUGAAGGUAGCAACGGUUAAGCCAGUUGUAAAGAAAGCAGUAACACCAGCUAAAGCAACGACGCCGGCUAAAACAGCGACACCGGCUAAAACAGCAACGCCAGCUAAAGCAGUUGCAACUAAGAAAGAGUCUUCCAGCGACGAUUCUGAUUCUGAUUCUGACGAAGAUAAAACACCAGCACUUACACCUGCAGUAAAACCAGCAGCAAAGAAGAAGGAAUCGUCCAGUUCUGAUGAUUCUUCUGAGGAAGAGGCAGCACCUGCUAAAGUUCCUGCGCAAGCAAAGGUGGUAGCAAAAUCAAAUGCUAAAGCAAAAUCAUCUAGCGAGGAUUCUGACUCAGAUUCGUCAGAAGAUGAGAAACCAACGACAGCGCCUAUCGCUAGAGCCGCUCCAAAACAAGCAACUAAGGAAGAAUCGGAUUCGGAUGAUAGCGACUCCGAUGAAGAAGUAGCACCGAAAACUCCACUCAAACCAGAAAAGAGAAAACGCAAAGAAGAUGGAAAUGAUCAGACUGAGGAGUCACAGGCCACGAAAGGACAAAAAAACAAUUAUAGUAACUUCGUGAAAUCCAACAACAGCUUCAACGGCGAGAAGGAAACGGGCGAAAAUCAAGAAGAGGAUGAUUUAAAGAAACAUGGUGGAAGGGGUGGUUUCGGUGGAGGUAGAGGUGGUGGAUUUGGUGGAGGAAGAGGCGGUGGUUUUGGACGAGGAGGAUUUAGGAGUGGCCGUGGUGGUGGUGGUGAUAGGGGUGGUCGCGGUGGUGGUGGUGAUAGAGGUGGUCGCGGAGGGUUCAGGAGCGGUCGAGGUGGCGACAGAGGCGGUCGAGGUGGCGACAGAGGCGGUCGAGAUAAUUUCGGAGGCCGUGGUCGGGGUGGUUACGAUAACAGAAGAUCGUGGGGUGGUCAGGGCUUUGGAGGGGGCAAAUCUGAUGGAUUCAGGAGAUCGUGGGGUGACGGUGAUGGCGACAGGGGUGGUCGCGGUGGAUUCAGAGGUGGUAGGGGUAGUUUUGACAAAAGGAAUUCCUUCGAUAGUCCACAAGCGCAAAAUAAAAAAAUAACGUUCGAUGAUUGAUUAUAUACAUUUUGUACAAAGAAAGGUGCACGAGGCUCUUGGGGAGAAAAAGCGAAUCAAGACCUGAAGUUCACAAGAGGGAAGUCAUUUCGUCACGAGAAGACGAAGAAAAAACGUGGUAGCUACCGCGGCGGUCAAAUAGAUACUAGCAUCAAUUCCAUUAAGUUCGAGGAUUGAGUACGACAUAUUAUAAAGCGUGUAUGUAAAUGUUUAAACAUUAUUAGCUGGUACGUUUAGUUAAACAAAAUAUAUUAAGGCAAUGUCUAAGCUUUCGUUUAGCAAGGCAAUCGUUCCAAAAUAUUUUGAGCUGUAACAUUGACGUAACUAUCAAUCAGCUACUGUAAAGCGACCCGAAUUUAAGAACGUUCUUCGUUCUUAUUGGGCAACGCGAUUGCCGUUCUCCAACAAUUAGUAUCUAUAAGACUGCAAUUUCCAAUUGCCGCUCGAUAGACUCGUGAAAUCACUGAUUUAUUUUAAUACGAGAGGUGUAGUUAAAUCUAAGCUAUCUCAAUAUCGGGUAGUGUCUGUAUUAUAAGAUAUUCAACGUUGUUUAUUGCAAUAUGUAACAUAUUUCGUGAACGUAGUGUUCCUAGCAUAGAUAGGAAAUUUCACGCAAAACAUUAGUUUAUCAUCUACUUUUGGACUGUAGUCUAUCGUUUUUAAGCUUUUAUUCCGACGGGGUGAGAUUUUUCUACAUUCUACAUUUCCACUUUGUAGUCCCAUGCAGUAAAAACUAGAGAUUCUUAUUUCACGUAUAUUUGAACACACGUGAACUUCGAAUACACGUACUUCAGUACGUGUCAUAUUAGGAACACAUGUACCCGUGGAUUAUUUUACGUAUAUUUAAAUGCACUUUUAUUUCACGUGUAUUAUAUGUGCAUUAAUACAUAUUUAUUUCAAUUCAAUAUUAAAUUGCAAUGUAAUUUUUGGAAUUUGGGUAUUAAUUUAUGUUCAAGACUAUGGCUUUUAUUAACAUGUUUUUUUUAAUAUAUAACAUAUGUUUUUAACAAAUGAACAUAAUUUUUUCGUAACAAAGUAAUAUACUGUUUUUCUCAAACACAAUAUAUGAUUUUAACAAAUUAUUAUAAUGUUUUUAUUAACAUAUAAUUGCUAUUGACAAAAUUUGUUCAGCGAGAUCUCUGUUUUGAUAUAAAAAAGCCAAUGUUAAUCAUUUCCGGACCAUACUACAAUUAAUAAAAUUGAUGUUUUGAUUCAUUCAUAUAUAUGAACCUCGAUACUUGUAGAACCAUAGCUUCCGUAAAUAAAUAUUGAUAUUCUAAAAAUUGUGUUAAUUUAAAGAAUCUGUAUAAAUAUAUGUGUAUUUAAAUGUAUGUGAAAUAAUUCACGGGUACACGUAUUUUUAUUAUGAUACGUACUGAAAUACGUGUAUACGAUGUGUGCGUGUAUACGUGUGUUUUUAAUAUACACGUUUAAAAAUAACGAUCUCUAGUAGGAACCUGUUCACUUGUGUUUCCUUUGUAAGUAGAUAAAUGUUCGACGAUACAAGAUGACCCGGAAGUGAUAAUAGACACGAAGAUCGCGACGUUUAAAGGACUAAUAUUUAUAUAAAAAAUACAAAUGACGAUAGACAUUUUUUAUACAGCCAUCUGACAUGCAAUCACUUUUCUGGAGUUGAUCGCCUUUCAUUAUGUGUAAACACAAGAGAUGAACCAGCAUGACUCAGACGUACGCAUUCAAUUGAAUUUCAUUGUUAAUUUAAAAAUACGCAUCUUUGUACGAUAUUAUGGUCAUCGAGAAAUAAAUAUAAACAGCGUAAUUAUGCCGUACUAUGUAA